CUGGGAAAUGGUGCUGAUGCCUCGAGAGCGCUACAGAUCAACGUGAUCGAUAUCGAUCCGUACAGGAAUGGCGCACACACGGAGGAGUCACAGCCAAUGAAUACUAACAGUGAUGUCGACGAGGAAGGCGCUUCUGCUGAUAAUCUUUUGGCGGUAUUUGAAGAGGCACCUGUGCAAGGGGCAGCAUCUGCAACCAGUGUUAUCGUUGGUGAAACGACUGUUCAUUCGAGUGAAAUAACAAUUAAUGGUGUACCACUGUUCGUGAUUCAUGAUGACAGGGAUAAUAAUAAUGAAUUUGUUUUCGAUUAUUAUUGGAGUACCAAAGCUUACGGAUGCAAGGCGAGCCAAAUCGAAGAUGUCCGCUUGGCAAGUGCGGACGAUAUUUUGUUGUUUGAUGGUGAAGACACGGAUGAAAGCAGAAGUAAUGGAGACAGUGAUGAUUCGAAUGACGAGAACAAUUGGCGUAAUGAUUAUCCGGAUGAGACGGAGGUCUUUUUUUUUUAUUAUGAUUUCAAGGAUUUGACAGAUCGUAGCUUAUUAGUUCUUUCUUCCUGUCUUCCGAUUGACUAG